CAACUUCGUUCCUGAUUGCAUGCUUGAAAAGACAAUGACUUGUCUGCAAGAUCAACCCACUCUGAUUUAUACCCCCAACAACUUUAUACCCUACUACGCUCAGCAGGCUCGAGCACCAACUAAAUUCUUUCCUUAUUCCUCGACUUCUCUUGAGCAUCAAUUACAACACCCUCAACUGUACUACAAUCAUCGCAUCUAGUUAUGUCUAUCACCGUUUUCCGCUCUUCCUCUCCCGACUCUGAAAAUCAGUCCUACCUCAUCCGAACAUCCUAUGCCAGGCGUAUUGAACGUGGAAUCGUUCGCGCAUGGAAGACGAUGACUAUCGCUACACGCAAAUCGCAACGUGCCUCUUUCGUCCCAAAUGGUUUCGUGAUGGUUAACAAAAGGCGAAGCAUCAUGCCCGCCUAUUGAAAGUUGCGCGGUAUCGCGAACUCUGAAUGUGGACCUGGUGGAUCGGAAGUCGUGGUCGUUAUGUUUCAGAAUAUGCACUGAAGUUUAUGGUUUAAUUGACGAAUGGGACUUGCCAGGGAUUUUUGUAUACUUCGGACACGAGCGAUCAUGCCUGUACACUGCUGUCGGUAGAUUUCGUUUGAUUUACACAUAAAUAAAUCGGUGUACGAAGAAACUGCAUUCUUAUAUGCGUGCAGUCACC